AUGGCUAGACACGCUGAGCGAUACCCAACCAAGAAAGCCGGUGAUAUAAGUUCAGACCAAAGAGCAAUCGUCGAGCGCAUGAAGCAGCAGAACACCAUGUUUGGCGGCAACUUUGCCUUCUUCAAUGAUUGGAAGCUCUUCUGGUCUUCAGGUCCAUUCUCGGAGACACUGGGAUCUUUCACUACUGGCGUUCGACUUCGUACGCGAUACAAGCAUCUCCUGUCAAAAGCUCUCUCGUCCCAGCCUGACCGACCUAUCCGGUUUUGGGCCAGUGACUCUAGACGUGUCAUUGAAACCUCUCGUCACUUUGCCCUGGGAUUUUUCGGCAUCGACUAUCAACUCAACAAUACCGCUGAGCUACAGGUAAUCUCUGAGCACUCCUCGCUCGGAGCAGAUACCCUGACGCCUGGGCGAACCUGCCUGAAUAAUAAAAAAGACACAGCUGAAGGCCAAAAGAAAGGCUACGACCUGAUGGGGGAAUACCGCGCCACAUACAUCUCGCCCAUCCGCGCGCGUCUCCAAGACCAGCUUGCCAUGAACUUGACUGACCAAAAUAUCUACGCCAUGCAAGAGAUGUGCGGCUUCGAAACUACCGUGCGUGGCCGCAGCGACUGGUGCGAUGUCUUCACGCAAGACGAAUUCCUCGCUUUCGAGUACGCCCGCGACUUGUUGCACUACUACCGCGCCGGCCCUGGGCAGAAGUAUGCAGCAAGCAUGGGCUGGCUCUGGCUCAACGCAACGACUAAUCUCCUUACCCAGGGCUCGGACGCUGGGCCGCUGUUCUUCAGCUUCGUGCACGAUGGCGACAUCGCGCCCAUGAUCACGGCGCUUGAUAUCAUUAACGACGACGAACACCUUCCUGUCACGCACAUUCCGCAUGAGCGCAAGUGGCGCAAGAGUCAGGUAUCGCCCAUGGGUGGCCGCAUUAUUUUCGAACUGUUGUCUUGUCGCGCGAAGAAUACGCCUGGCCCAGCGAGGUUCGUUCGGCUCAAUAUCAAUGAUGGGAUUACGGCGAUUCCUGAUUGUCAGAGUGGGCCGGGGAGGAGCUGUCCAUUGGGGCAGUUUGUGGCCAGGACGAGGAGGAAGGGGGAAGAGGUGGGGGAGUUUAGGGAGUUGUGCGGGUUGGAGGAGGGGGCGGCUGAGAGGAUUACGUAUUUGCACCAGUGA